AUGGAAAUGAGUAGUCUACCAAAACCGUUGAAAUCUAAAAAAUUACAAUAACAAUGAAGCGCAACUUCGGUAUUUUUUCGGCGAUGCUAGUGCUAUUGGUUACUAAUAUCGUCAACGCACAAGGCGGCGGUGGUGGUGGUGGCGCUGGCGGUGAGGCUGGCGCAGGUGUCGGUGCUGGCAUGAGUAUGGGUGCGGGCAUGGGUGGCGGCGCUGGUGGUGGAGCCGAGGGUGAGGGUGGCGCUGGUGCUGGCGCUGGUUUCGGUGCUGGCUUCAGUGUCGGCGGUGGUGCUGGCGCCGGCGGUCAGGGUGGUGGCGGUGCUGGCAGACGCUGAACAGUGCAGACUAUACCUGGAUAUGUUGAUUUGUUCACUGAUAAAUGCAAAUGUAAAUAAAUGUGUGUUUGUGUAAUGCAAAUA